UUCAUCUUCAUCGAUUCCUCUUGAUUGUAUUUUUCCAACGAUCGUUUGCCGGAUUUUCAGCGUCGUUCUCGUUGGUAGAUCCAUCAACAUCGGCCGCCGGAGCUUCAGCGUCGACCGCCGGAUCUUCAGCAUCGGACGCCGGAACUUGAGAAGACGGAGGACAACACCCACAAUCUGCAGAAAUUGUAGAAACAAAGGUGUUUUCACCGGAGCUCUCAUCGUGAAGCUCACCGCCGGGCCACAGUGAGGUGGAUGCUAAGAAUUCCAAAUUCGUGCAGGAGCAUAACAGGUGCAUCGAUCUUGAAGUUCAGUAGCCAUGGCGGAUUCUGAUUCCUCUCAUGGUGGUGUAGAACACAAGAACUUCCGUCAGAUCAGCCGGGAUCGUUUACUUCAUGAAAUGCUUCAAUCAACCAAGAUGAAGGACUCUAAAACUUCGUGGAAGGUACUCAUCAUGGACAAAGUGACUUUAAAAAUCAUGUCUUAUGCUUGCAAGAUGGCAGAUAUCACUGAUCAAGGAAUUUCCUUGGUGGAGGACCUUUUCAAGAGAAGACAACCAUUACCUUCAAUGGAUGCCAUAUAUUUUAUCCAACCAUCAAAAGAAAAUGUAGUGAUGUUCUUAUCUGACAUGUCAGGAAGAUGCCCUUUGUACAAAAGGGCAUUUGUAUUCUUUUGUUCAACCGUACCUAAAGAAUUUGUGGCUCACAUCAAGAAUGACAUGAGUGUAAUACCUCGUAUUGGUGCACUGAGUGAGAUGAAUAUGGAAUACUUUGCCAUUGAUAGUCAGGGAUUUAUCACUGAUCAAGACAUGGCCCUGGAGGAGUUGUUUGCAGUAAAUGCAGAAAAAUCAAGCCAGUAUAAUACUUGUUUAAGUACAAUGGCUUCCCGCAUUGCCACUGUGUUUGCUUCAUUAAGGGAAUUUCCUUAUGUGAGAUAUCGUGCUUCCAAGUCAGCUUUGGAUUCUUCUUCCAUGACAACACCUCAUGAUUUACUGCCAACAAAGCUUGCUGCUGAAGUUUGGAAUUGCCUCUCUAAAUACAAAAGCACAGUUCCUAAUUUUCCCCAGAAAGAGACAUGUGACUUGCUCAUUGUAGACCGUUCAAUAGACCAGAUUGCUCCUGUCAUUCAUGAAUGGACCUAUGAUGCAAUGUGCCACGAUUUGCUAAACAUGGAUGGAAACAAAUAUGUGCAGGAGAUUCCAAGCAAAACAGGAUCAGAAGCAGAGAAGAAGGAAGUCCUUUUGGAAGAUCAUGAUCCUGUUUGGCUUGAGCUACGACAUGCACAUAUUGCUGAUGCUAGUGAAAGACUACAUGAUAAAAUGACCCACUUCAUGUCAAAUAAUAAAGCAGCACAAAUUCACCAAGCUUCAAGAGGUGGUGGUGAACUCUCCACGAAGGAUUUACAAAAGAUGGUUCAAGCUUUACCACAGUACAGCGAACAAAUGGAUAAGUUAUCCCUUCAUGUUGAGAUUGCAGGCAAAAUCAACAAAAUGAUUAGAGAGCUGGAUCUUCGAGAACUUGGUCAGCUAGAGCAAGAUUUAGUCUUUGGUGACACUGGGGCAAAAGAAGUGAUUAGUUUUUUGAGGACAAAGCAGAAUUUAACUCCUGAAAGCAAACUAAGGCUAUUAAUGAUUUAUGCUUCUGUCUAUCCUGAAAAGUUUGAAGGUGACAAAGGGGACAAGUUGAUGCAGUUGGCAAGAUUAUCACGUGAUGAUAUGAAUGCUGUUAAUAACGUGAGACACAUGGGAGGGUCAGAUGGUAAGAAGACAUCAGGAGUUUUCUCUCUCAAAUUUGAUGCUCAGAAGAAGAAGCAUGCUGCGAGGAAAGAACGAAAUGAUGAAGAAGAAACAUGGCAGCUAUCACGAUUUUACCCAAUGAUAGAGGAGUUGAUUGAGAAACUUAACAAAGGUGAACUACCAGAGAAAGAGUUUCCAUGCAUGAAUGAGCCAAGGCCAACAAUAUGUCAUGGAACCUCAGCUGCCAGUGGUCCACCAGCCCCACCGUCUUCAUCUCAGGCUGCCCACUCUGUGAGAUCUAGGAGGACUGCCACCUGGGCUAAACCUCGUAAUUCUGAUGAUGGGCUUUCCAGUGAUUCAGUACUGAAGCAUGCAUCUAGUGAUUUUAAAAAGAUGGGGCAGCGUGUUUUUGUUUUUAUCAUUGGUGGAGCUACUCGAUCUGAGCUUCGUGUGGUUCACAAGCUAACGACAAAGUUGAGAAGGGAAAUCAUCCUUGGCUCAUCUAGUUUAGAUGAUCCUCCUCAGUUCAUAUCAAAAUUGAAGCUGCUGAAUGCUCAAACACUGUCCUUUGGAUGACCUUCACAUUUAAUCCAUUCACUGGCAAAUUCAAUAGCAUGAAUUCCCUGUUCAGUUGGUUCUCAGCACAGGUAUUCUCCGUUUUGAUUAUUAUUUUUGAUAACUCUUUUUUUUUUUCCCUACAUCUUAUGAGUCAGAUGCAAGUGAUUUUUCAUUAUCAAAAGCAGUUGCUAUACUGCUUUUAAGUUGUGUAACUUAGGUCCCCAAUGAAAUUGUUAAGUGAUAUGUAAAGCAUUUUGAUUCUGAGCUUGUUGUCUGAAUUUGUAAGGAGAUGUUUUGAUAUAAUAUUUAUAUAUGCCUUAACAUGAGCUAGCCCUUUGCUAAAAGAGCUUUGGAAUCAUUGGUGGUUUUUUGAA